CACAUCCCAGACACAGGCGGGUGGGGGCUAGGAGGCUGCGUCAGUCCUGGGGGAGGACUGGGAUGCUCAGGGCUGGGAGGACCCAGAGCUGGUGAGGCAGCUGUUGGGGACAAGUGGCUGCUGGAGGACGUUCGCAGAGCAGGGGAGUUUGCCAGAGCGGCUCCCAGGACCUGGCACCAGGAUGCUGGAGAGAGGGCUGCUGCUGCUGGCUCUCGGCCUGGGCCUGGCCAGCACCCAGGGGACUCUGGAAGAGGUGCCAGUGCAGCCCGGCUUUGACGCACAAAAGAUGGAGGGACGCUGGUUCACCAUGCAGCUGGCCACCAGCCACACAGACCUGGUCUUGCCAACUGACCCGCUGAGGCUUGCUCUCCACUCCAUCUGGACCAGAGAGGGUGGGGACCUGGCACUGGUGCUGUUCUGGAUGGGAGAAGGGGUGUGUAGAGGAAUGAACGUCACCCUCCACCCAGCUGGGCUGCCAGGCCAGUACCAAGGCUCCUUCGCGGGGGGCAGCAUGCACAUCUGCUUCGUCAGCUCCGACUACAGCAACCUCAUUCUUUACGUACGCUUUGAGGACGUCGAGGUUACCAGCCUAUGGGCACUGCUGGCGAGAAGAAUGCUCGAGGACCCCGCGUGGCUGGGGAAGUACUGGGAGUACGUGGAGAAAUUCCGCCUGCAGAGCGCCCCGGUCUUCAAUGUGGCCGGACAGUGCCCCAGCCCAGGCCCAGGGGAGUCCACUCCCUGAGCCUUCCUGCCUGGGCCUCCAUCCCUCUGCACUGACCCCAGCUCCCCUGUCUUCUGGCCAGGGACUUGCCCAAGAGCCUGAAGCCCCUGCAGUCUGUCCUCUCCCCCCUCCCUGUGGGUCACAGGGCCACCUGCCAACUGACCACAUAGGGACCCAUAGCAUCUCCCAGCCUGGCCUGCACCUGAAAGAGUGGGAGGGGCGUGUGGCCCCACGUCCCCACCUCCGCAGAAACACCUGAAGGAGCAGAUUGCCAAGGUCCUCACGCCGGCCCAGGCUGGCAGUGUCACCCCGUGGUGUGCGUCACAAGGCAACCCCAGGAGGUUCAUCUCAGGCGCUCCUGCCCCUGACCUGGCCCACCUGGGUCUGCCCUGGGCCACUCUGGAGAGUGACCACGACUCUAACCACACUCCCCCCUGGGAGCCAGCUGGGGCUGCCAGGGGAUGUGCGGAUGGGUCACUGAGGCAGUGGACGCCCGGCUCAGAGCCAAGGGCCCUACAGUGCGUGCCCACCUCUGCUCCAGCUGGGCAGGCUCCGGGGAAACCAGGUCAGAGUCCUUGACACCCACCUAGACAGGCCUGGCAGGUGCCCAGCCCAGAAGACACCUCUGCAAAGCCUACCAGGAGCCCCGCCUGGCCAGCUGUCCCCACGCUCCACCAGAGUGAAAUAAGCAUGACCUAAAACACUGAACCACCACGAGGAGGGUUUUGCCAGGGGUGACUCAAAAGCUGGUGACACGGUGACAAAAUGGACCGACAGAACAGAGCCGCUUCCCCAUAACCAGCAGCCCUGGAAAUGUGAUAACCCAAGAAGGUGCAGACUUUCUGUGGAAAUAAAGAUAUCCUUAUUCUGGACUCAGAGAGACGCCCGGGGCUGGGGUGCGGCUGGGUGACAGAGGCGUACUCAGCAGGCGCACCGCCCAACAGGGUCAACAGAAUAAAUGCCCACGCUCCUCGGGGUCCUACAGGUCCCCCAGCUCAAGUUGGCCUCCACAUGCCAGCCACCGAGGUGGCGCUCCAGGGGGACGUUUGCCCGAAAAAAAACCCAGAUCUAAAAUUUACAUGAAAGAAUACAAGUUUAGAAAUGUUUAAAAAGAAAAGCAUCGAAAUGGUCUGCCUCUGGGACGUAACCACAGGGGGAAGUCACGUGGCAGGAGCGUAGGGCAGGAAGAAAGACGGCGAGGCCCAAGGUCAGCAGACAAACACACGUCCCUACAGCACGGGUGACAAAAUGGCCCACCCUAAUGGCACCUGCAUUGAAUAAAGGAGCUGACGGCAGCAGGGAGACCUCUGGGGGCACAGGAAGGGCAGAGGUUAACUCAACUCCUGACCCAUUCUUUAAAAGAAGAAACCUAGAAAUUUCUGUCCUCCCUAUACUUGGGGACCGAGGUGCCAACAGGUAGGACAGAAAGAAACCCCAAGGGAAAAGAGGGACCUACGGAGCCUUUGGAUCCCCGCAUAUCAGUUAUCACCUGCAGAACUGAAAUACAAAAAAAGUGUCACUAAUAUUUGCCACGAAAUUGACAAUGAAUUCCCAUCACACAGAUAAAUAUAUAUCAAAGCUACUCCCUGAUUCAAAUGGGAGUUCGAAAAAUGAGCAAAAGACCCCAAACGGGGCUAUCUGCACACUCGCGGAACCCAGAGCUGCCGAGUGCAAUGUGAAGAGAGGGGGCCGGGCUCUGAGUCACCCAGCAGAAGACACCUCAUUGUCCACCAAAUAAGACAGGGACAUUUCUAGACAGAUUCAGUGAUGCCCACUGUGCGGGAAGGGCGGCCCUCGAGUAAGAACAGGGCUUGGCAGGCCUCCCUGGACUCCUCAGCAGACCUGAGCGUGGCCCCAGAAGCCCACCCACUGGCCAGCUGACCUCUGUCCCCAGGUGAACCAAGGGCUUGGUCUGCCUUGAUGCUGGCUCCGCUGCUUGUACGUGGGCAUUUUGAGCUCCUCUCCAUAACCCUCCCUGCCUCGACGCCACCUUGGCAGAGCCCCUGCUCAGGGCAGUCCCCCUGCCUGCCAGGUCAGACCCAGGGCAGCGACAGACGGCCCUGGACAGGGCUGUGGCCAGGGUCCUUCUCCCUCCUCACUCCUGGCAUCUGUGGAGACACUGAAUGCAAGGGGGAAAUCACUCAGAGCAGACGGCUGAGCGGAGCCAAGCCUGGCCCUGGAGUGCCAGAGGGCCGGGCAGGGAGGAGACAGGAGUGACCGCGGGUUACAGCCCCGGGUCUGACCCUGAAGGCCGCAGCUCCUCCAGCCACAGCGCUCGGCCCUCAUCUGCCCUGCGGUGUCAGCAGCACGGUCACCGCCAGCUCCAGAACACCCCCCCGGUUCACUAGGCUGCCAGGCACCUGGGCAAAGGUGGGCGGGAGGCCCCCUCCCAGCACUGGAGGCUCAAGUCCAGGGCCUGGAGCCGCAGGUUGCCCCUCCAAGGCCUCUCCUGGGCUGGGCCUCACUGGUCAUCCGUCUGCAUGGGUCCCAGUCCUGAUUUCCUCUUCUGAUGAGCUCACUCCUGUUGCACUGGAGUCGGGUCCACCCUAUGGGCUUCAUCUUGACCUAAUGACCUCUGUAAAUGCCCCGUCAUGUUCUCAGAAACCAGGGCUCAGGCUUCCAAAAUGAGAGGCAAGGGGACCACUCCUCAGCCCGUAGCACUCAGGGUGCACCCCUGCGUAGGGGCCCAAAGCCUGCCAGAGAGCAGUGGCCCCCUGAGCCUGCAGGGCUCAUCUCCUUAAAACCCUCCGGGCUGCCGAGGACACUACCAUCCUGGCCACCUCUGACCGAGAGGCUUAAGCAGGUAGUCAGCAAACAGCUCCUCAGGAACAGAGGCAAAGGGCCAGCUUUAAACCCGCGGCUUACCACCUCUCUGUGUUGCCAGAGAGCCCGCCUCCAGCCACCUAGGACCUUCACCUGCAGGACAGACUGGCCACGACCUUCCUGCAUCCAACACCAAGC